AUGAGCGAAGAGACAGUCCCCGAGGCUGCCUCGCCGCCGCCCCCGCAGGGGCAGCCUUACUUUGACCGCUUCUCAGAGGACGACCCCGAGUACAUGCGCCUUCGCAACCGGGCGGCAGACCUGCGUCAGGACUUCAACCUAAUGGAGCAGAAGAAGCGCGUCACCAUGAUUCUGCAGAGCCCCUCUUUCAGGGAGGAGCUGGAAGGCCUCAUCCAGGAGCAGAUGAAGAAGGGGAACAACUCCUCCAACAUCUGGGCCCUGCGGCAGAUCGCGGACUUCAUGGCCAGCACUUCCCACGCAGUCUUCCCAACAUCUUCUAUGACGGGGGACUCAAGAUGGCGCUGUGAGAACAACCCAGGAUUGGAGCUCUCGUUGUGUCCGCGGAGAGAUGUCUCCAUGAUGACACCCAUCAAUGACCUCCACACGGCUGACUCCCUGAACCUGGCCAAGGGGGAGCGGCUCAUGCGGUGCAAGAUUAGCAGUGUCUACCGACUCCUGGACCUCUAUGGCUGGGCCCAGCUGAGUGACACCUAUGUCACGUUGAGAGUCAGCAAGGAGCAGGACCACUUCCUGAUCAGCCCUAAGGGAGUUUCUUGCAGUGAAGUCACAGCGUCCAGCCUGAUCAAGGUGAAUAUUCUGGGAGAGGUGGUGGAGAAGGGCAGCAGCUGCUUCCCAGUGGACACCACGGGCUUCUGUCUGCACUCGGCCAUCUAUGCAGCGAGGCCCGACGUGCGCUGCAUCAUCCACCUGCACACACCGGCCACAGCAGCGGUGUCAGCCAUGAAGUGGGGCCUCCUGCCUGUCUCCCACAAUGCCCUGCUGGUGGGGGACAUGGCCUAUUAUGACUUCAAUGGGGAAAUGGAGCAGGAAGCCGAUCGGAUCAACCUGCAGAAGUGCCUUGGACCCACUUGCAAGAUCCUGGUGCUAAGAAACCAUGGAGUGGUUGCUCUGGGUGACACUGUAGAGGAGGCAUUUUACAAGAUUUUCCACCUGCAGGCUGCAUGUGAAAUACAGGUGUCAGCUCUGUCCAGUGCCGGGGGAGUGGAGAACCUCAUCCUCUUGGAGCAGGAGAAGCACCGGCCCCAUGAGGUGGGCUCUGUGCAGUGGGCUGGGAGCACCUUUGGGCCUAUGCAGAAGAGCCGGCUGGGAGAGCACGAGUUUGAGGCCCUCAUGAGGAUGCUAGACAACCUGGGCUACAGAACAGGCUACACGUACCGCCACCCCUUUGUUCAAGAGAAAACCAAACACAAAAGUGAGGUGGAGAUUCCAGCCACAGUCACAGCCUUCGUGUUUGAGGAGGACGGCGCCCCGGUACCCGCCCUGCGACAGCACGCCCAGAAGCAGCAGAAGGAGAAGACCCGCUGGCUCAACACGCCCAACACCUACCUGCGGGUCAACGUGGCUGAUGAGGUCCAGAGGAGCAUGGGAAGCCCCCGACCCAAGACCACGUGGAUGAAGGCUGACGAGGUGGAGAAAUCCAGCAGUGGCAUGCCAAUUCGCAUUGAAAACCCAAACCAAUUUGUGCCUCUCUAUACCGACCCCCAGGAAGUGCUGGAGAUGAGGAACAAGAUUCGAGAGCAAAACCGACAAGACGUGAAGUCAGCGGGGCCUCAGUCCCAGCUCCUGGCGAGCGUCAUUGCCGAGAAGAGCCGAAGCCCGUCUACAGAGAGCCAGCUGAUGUCCAAGGGUGACGCGGAUACCAAAGACGAUUCAGAGGAGACGGUGCCCAACCCCUUCAGCCAACUCACUGACCAGGAGUUGGAAGAGUACAAGAAAGAGGUGGAGAGGAAGAAACUAGAACUUGAUGGGGAGAAAGAAACCGCCCCGGAAGAGCCUGGCUCACCUGCAAAGUCUGCACCUCCUUCUCCAGUGCAGAGCCCAGUGAAGGAGGCAGAGACAAAGAGCCCUGUAGUCUCUCCUUCCAAGUCUUUAGAGGAAGGUGCUAAGAAGACAGAAACAAGUAAAGACACCACCACAGAGCCCGAAACAACCCAGCCAGAAGGGGUGGUGGUCAACGGGAGGGAGGAGGAGCAGACAGCAGAGGAAAUCCUCAGCAAAGGCCUGAGCCAGAUGACCACCAGUGCUGACACGGAUGUUGAUACCUCUAAGGACAAAACCGAGUCGGUCACCAGCGGCCCCAUGUCCCCAGAGGGCUCACCUUCCAAGUCUCCCUCAAAGAAGAAAAAGAAAUUCCGAACCCCUUCCUUCCUGAAAAAGAGCAAAAAGAAGGAGAAAGUGGAGUCCUGAUUCAUGACACCCUUGGGCUCCCUCCUGCCUACUCUCUCUCCUCCCCUUCCCUUUUCCUGUCUCUGUCCCUGCAAGCACAGGGCCAAGGAGGGAUAGAGUAGGACCCUGGAUCACACUCAGAAGGGGAACUUAGAGAUUGCCUAACCAACUCUUCAUUUUACAAUUGCCCCAGAGAAAUCAGGUGACUAGCCCAAGGUCACACAGCUAGUUAGAGGCAGAGCCUGCACUCGAAUUCAGGUUUCCUGACUUCCAGUCCAGUGCUCCUUCUGCUACAUAACACUGCCUAGUUGUGGGCUGCCUUUGUUCAGAUGCUGCCCACCAAUCUGAGCCUAGGGCAAGAAGGCCAGAAAUGGGCCAUGAGCUCUCAUAGGCUCAGACUAAAUCAGACAGAUCGAGGCUUCCCCUGAGUAAGGCCCAUUUCUUCGCAGGAAUCCAAUCUCCUGCAGAUGGAGCUAUCUCUACAUUUAAAAAUCUCUUUUCCUCUUUGUAUCCCUGCCCUGCUGUUCGAAGUAACCAGGCAAAUUGACCCCUCCAACAGAAAGCAAUCUUUGUUCCCACGGCCUGAUGGCUUAGCUUGUACUUCCCCAAACAUUAACCCUGAGCUUUCUUCAUGGAACCUCUUGAAUGAUGGCUGAAAGAGCUGUAAGCGGUGGUAGGCAUAAGGGCAAACCAUGUAAGCUGAGGAUUGGGGAUGGUUUCAUGAACAUAAGAGGCCAGGAACUUGACCCCUUUGAAUUGUGCAUCUCAGGCACUUCAAAACUAAAACCAAAUUUAGCAUAGGAAAAAGUUGUUUCAUGCUCAGGGUGGAAAAUUGGGGAAGUUGAAGUCUUUUGGCUUUGGGUUGUGCAAGGAGGAUCAAAACAACAGAGAAUGCUAUGACUUUCUAGCUUUGCAUGACACCUGGAGCAAUGCGCUGUACCUGCCUCACUCCCGUCCAGCAGUCAGGUGUCCCCUGACCUUCCCUCACCCCCAGAAGCAUUUGCUUACAGACUGAAACGGGCAUCUUACUCUUGGCACCUUGACUUGUACCCUCUGAGGUUCCAACUCUGAGUCACUCUAGGUCCAGCAGAGGAGAAUCAGAAAUGAGCCCUUCAGGAUUAAUCCUCUUGCACCAGCUCUCAGAGAAUGCUGGGGGUCCCUGUCCCUGUCCCUAUCUGUCUAUCCUGGGGCCUUGUAAUGGCCACAGCUAUAUUUUUAAAUGCCAACACUGUCUUCUCAUGUUCUUCUGUGGGACAUUGCUUAAUGAGGAUUGUUGGCUCCUAAAAAUUAGACAAUCCAUUAUCUUGAAAGCACAGUGUCUUGAAAGAAUAUUUUUCCUUUUGGCCUGACUAUUGUGAAAAUAUUUUUGAAAGUUCUUAAUCAUAGUUUUCCACUUUUGAGCACUUAUUAUCUAUAGACACUGUGCAGGCUUCACAUAUAUUACAUCCUUUAACCCUCAUAGUAAUCCCUUGAGGUGGGUAAGAUUGUUCCCAUUUUGUGGGUGAGGAAAUUGAUCCCCUGAAAAGAUAAUUGACUUGUCCCAGCUGACUUGGCUAGAAAAAUCUGGAUCCUGGAUUUGAACCCAGGUCAGCCUGAGUCCAGAGCCCUUGGUCUUAACAGCUAUGGUGAACAGACAACUUUAAUCCCCAGGGGUGGUGGUUUUCAUCCAGUACUUGUCUCUAUGACUGGUCUCCAUUGCAUAAUUGUAGCACUUGAAGCAAAGGUAGGAAACUCCCUGUGCUCAUUCUCAUCAGUAUAUGUGAAGUUCCUGGUCAAUGUGGAUUGUGGUGAUGCUACUGUGUACCUGUGACAAAGGAUAAGCAAGAGCCUUCUUGUUGGGACAGGAAAUACCAUCUAUAAUUGGCUAUUUCUUGAGAAGGAAAGAAACUGACCUAGGACCAAGGUAAACUUGACACUGUGUCUGUCCAGUGCAGGUUCCUAACUGCUGCCCCUAGCUCUGUCUCUGUUCUACUUCCUGAUUAGGUCAAAUUUUAGGAGGGACAACGCCCUGAUGUUUCAGAAAAAUCUGUCAUAUGGGAAAUGCCUUUAAAAGCCAAUCCCUUGAUGCCUUCUUUUAAAAAGUAGAUUUCACAUUUAUUCAUUCAUCCUUUCAUGGUGUUUGUUAAGCAUCCCACUGACCACCGGGGAUUAUUUUGACACUGAAAGGAAGCCAUCAUUAUGACUCAAAUAAUAAGUGGCAAGCAAUGUUGCGAGAAUGGUGAACACGACCUCUGAUGCAGCCUUUCAUGUGUGAGUUGUUGUAGUUCAGGGGUGAUGUGGAUUGCCUCUGCAUUUAACACACUCUAUUCCCUUUAUGACAACAGUGAGGCCUCACUUAGGUCAAAAUAUUGGAUGGAGUCUUGCUGCAGCAUUAUUCUUAAAAUUUAUGCCGUGGGCCCACUUGCUAUUGAUUGAUGAACCUAUCAGUUGGUUCAUUCCUCAGGUUCAUUUCUCAUGUGAUAGGGUCCACCUCCUAUUGAUUGAUGAACUUAUCAAUUGGUUCAUUCCUCAUGUAUCCAAAAACAUGCAUUGAACUUGGGUCAAGGGCUAGGCAUGAGGAUAGGCAUAGUUCCUGCCCUCAAGAAGUUUAUGAGCAUAGUAGGUGUAUAGACAAAUUGCAACACAGGCAAGUGUACCAAGGCGGCAUAAGGAAGCAACAGUUAACUAUCUUGGGGACCAGAGAAACCCUGAGAGAAGCAAUGGCUUUUAGGGUUUUAAAACAGAGGAAUUUUCCAGUAGAAUGGAAGGGUUGGCAGGGCAUGCCACGAUGAGGGAAGAAUGUGUGCAAAGGUGUGGAUGCAUGAAAUGCCAUGAUGGGGUCCACUGAGCAGUGUGGCAUUGGCAAAGCAUGACACCUAAGCUGGGUGGUUGAGGGGUCCCUUCACAAGUGGGCAGGGUUGAAUCCUACAGAUACUGGUAGGAAGUGUGGAGGAGCCAGACUUGUCAUGGAAGGGGUUUGGAGCCACUGAAGCCUUUCAAUCAGGAUAGAGUCAUGAUCAGACUUGCAUUUUAGGAAAAUCCCUUUGGUGGCUGAAUGGAGGCUGGACUGGAUGGGCGUAGGAUGGUGGCCUGGGAGCUAUGAGGCCUUUCUGAAAUGUCAAUACUAAAACAUAUUUGAUGGCCUGCCUCACAUGAUAUUUCCUCUAUAGCAAAUAGUUUCUGACACAAAAUUUAUUUCCAUAAAAGUCUUUGGAUAAAGCACCUUAAGAGGGAUUUUUGACAAGGAGAGGGGAGCAUUCAAAGAGCUAAUGUUUCCAGUUUUAUUUUGUCUUGGCGUAGAAUUUCUGGGAGAGGUGUUGAGCAUCCUGCCGUUUCUUCUUCCUUUGACUAGAAUGUGGCACACUUAGCUCCAGGCUUGAGAACAUACACCCAAUGCUACAGAAAUAGACAUGGGUCCUAACAAAACUGCAGGCUAUUAGGAGAAAAGGAAAGGGCAUUUUCUUUGGCUUUGGAUAAAAGUUGGCUGAAAGCUUUGACUAGUAUCUGACUGGAGAAAAUGUGUAUUCAAGAGCUUAGAUUUAGUGGGCAGUAGGUUCAUGCCUAGUUGAGCCACUGUGCUUGGAUAUGCCAGAGAAAAGGGAUAUUUUGAACCAAUAUGCUGCUCUGUGGCUGGCUGAGCUGGGAAGUGGAGAGGUUUCUGAGCUUAUUUCCAUCGGAAGGCAGGCAGGAGGGAAAGGAAAAGAAGGAUUAAUGGUUGCACAGAGACAGGCUUAGCUCCGACAACUCCGUGCGCAGCGUUGGCUGCACCGAACAGUGGUGUGGGAGAACCAUCCAUACCUGUGGCUUCCCCCAAAAGUGCAAGAAGAGACAUUCCUCACCCAGAUCUGGGCUCCCUAAGAGUGCCUGCUGGCCUGCAGGUGACCCAAGUAACUGUCCUACUUUGGCCAGUUGACCCCCCUCAACUCUUCUAUAAAUAAAACAAGCUGCUGCUUCUGUGAACAGAUAAGUUCUUUUUAAAGGACUUGAGGGAAAUUGGAUGAAGAGCAGUAAGUUCUUACAUUAAGAAUCCCACUGUAAAGCACUGCCCUCUGCCACUGAUCUGUGUAGACUAAACUUGAAUCCCAUUCCCUGUGGAUGACACUGUCACUUGCUCAUGGCAUGGCAAGACAGUCAUUCAGAUAUUUGGCAUUGUUGUAACAGGGCUACUGCCAGUGUGGGGAAAAGUGCAAUCAAUCCACUUCUUUGAUUACCAUGAAUUUGAAAGAACCAUUCGCUCAACUCAUGAUUCGCCUCUGAAAGUCUAAAACUAAUUUUCAAUUUUUUCCAUGAAGGUAUGUGGAGGAUAGUCACACAGCCUCCCCAUAGGUCUGCAUGAUAUGUUUUUUUCUUUUCUCUCUCUCUCUCUUUUUUUUUUUGAGAUGGAGUUUAGUUCUUUGUUACCCAGGCUGGAGUUCAGUGGCACAAUCAUGGCUCACUGCAACCUCCACCUCCUGGUUCAAGGGAUUUUCCUGCCUCCUGAGUAGCUGGUGUUACAGGGGCUCACCAUCACGGUCGGCUGAUUUUUUAUUUUUAGUAGAGACGGGGUUUCACCGUGUUGGCCAGGCUGAUCUUGACCUCCUAACCUCAGGUGAUCCGCCCACCCAGCCUCCUAAAGUGCUGGGAUUACAGGCAUGAGCCACUGUGCCCGGCUGACAUUUUUUUCUUGGUGUGAAUUUUAUGUUCUUGUUGUAGGAGGACAAGGGUAAUCAAUUCUUCACUAAUGAACAAAUGAGAACAUUUACCCUUUACUCAUUUUACACAAGUGGGUCAGCAGAAGCCCUAGAGUUGGUUGGCACAGUUGCAGUUGACUCUGAGCCUAGAGGAAACAGGUCUUUUUACAUUCUCUCUCAUCACUUGAGCUCAGUUGAACUCUCUAAGACCUUAGCACUCAAAGAGUCUGAGAAGAAAUGAGGGAGAGGCUAAAUCUAAGCUCCCCACUCCCACAGAAAGGACAGGGCACCCUACAAUUUAAAAGUCAGUGGGGCAUCCUAUCAUCUCUUUUACAUCUGUUCUCAAAGGGAUAGUUUAGUGCAAGAAGCAAGAGGCCUAUGUAGUGACUCUACACUCAUGAAAUGUGCACCUUGGUUAUCGGUGCAUAUGUCCACUUGCACCAUAAUGCGAGAAAGUAUACAUGGUAGUGUAAUUACUUCCAGAAGCCCUGUCCACCCAGCCUAUUCAGAUGUGGUAUGCUUUCUGUCAUAAAUGAGAGACCGGACAUAGAGCUCAGUCACCAAGGCAUGCCCAACAUCCCUUUACCUCUCUCAGUGAACAGCCACGCUCACCAGGAAGCAGUGUAGGGACAUCAGGUGGGGUGUCAUCGUUUUUAUAGAGACAGUUUCCUUGAGAAUAUAGGCUUUUCUUCUGAGGAACAAUUAGGAAGAAUCUUCAGUUGGGAGUGUUCUUAAAUAUACAGAAACAAUGGUUCCCAUCGGUUCACGCACAGGUCGUAAUAGGUUUGGCCAUAUUGAUGUUUGGUGCCACUUGCCUUCUAGAUUUUUCCCAAAAGUUGGGUCCUUGCUACAAGAAAUUGGGACCUGAAGAUGGGGGAGAAACUAAUGCAGGUGAGGGGUUCAGGUAGAGCCAGAGUCUGAGGCACAGUGUGAGAAAGCGCUGGUGGUUUUGUAGUAGAGUCAGGUCCAGGGCUCCUUUCCUCACCCACUGUGCCCUAGACUGAGUUCAGCUGUGAUUGGCAAAUUCCUUAUCUCUAGGUAGUUUAAAGAAAAUAUAAGAGUUUGGGGGGUGGUAGGAGAAUAACUGUAGAAAGAACCUAAACUAUUCUCUCCCCAGGAAAUUAUCUUGUAUAAUGUUUAACAACCCAAAGGCCAGAUCUCCCCUUUUAAAGUGAAUGAGAAGGAGGGCGGCAGUUGGACCUAGGGCAGAGGGGCCACACUCGAAACACAUUACAAAAUGGGAAUAUAUUUCAGGGAAUCCCACCCCCACACUUCCACUCCACCUCACACCUGUUGGUCCUGCUUAGUGGGUGACUGAUUGAUACCCGAGGUCUGCCCCACCUUUAAAUUCCUGCAAUUUAUGCUGCAACCAACAUCCCAGUGUUUGCCCUCUCCAGGAAGAGGCGGGGUGGGCGAGAACCUAUGGUCCAGAGCCUGAGAUCACCUGGCUGGGGUACAGGCUAGCAGGAACCCAGUCUAGAUAGAGUGCAGUGUUCGCUAAAGCUAUGGAUGGUUUCAGUGAAAUGUCUGUGUCUGACAAUCGUCAUGCAAGAGUGCUACUUACUGUCUUCCCUUGUACAUACAUUGUCUGUGUUUAGCUUUUCCUAGUAUUGUGAGGUUUCAAAUAGGGGUUCCAUGUAAAUACUCUUUCUGCUACUGAAAUGCCAGCCCCCUGGAGUAUGCACCACCCCCACAAAUGGUUUUGCCUUUCUCUAUGCUAACACUUUUUGAGCCACUGAUGUGCAGAUUGAUGGUUAGUUUCUUGGGCUUUUAUUUUGCAAUUUUAUAUGUAUACACAUAUAUAAUAUAUAUAUUUAUGGGUUGGUUUUGUAUAGUUUUCAGUUUGAAUCUCUGAGCACCAAAGCUGCCCUUUGAUUUUCACGAGAACUUUCCAAAGCCACUUCCUGAGCCCUCCUGCUGCUUUGGUGUCUGACGGUGAUGCUGGGGUGGCAUCUCUGCCCAUGGAUUUCUGUAUGUGUGUGCUGUUACCUCACCUGCAGAUAUGACCCUAGUAAAUCUAAUGUGCUUGGC